UUGUUAAUUAAUUUCUGAACGCUAAGAAAGGCUAAUUCGGAAGUUGAUGGUUUCCGAACGAGCGGAUGUAGCUAGCUCGCUCUAAAAAAAAAAAAAAAAAGAAUGACAGAUAAGAUAUAAGACAGGACAUUGUGAAGUGCGUAAGAUUUUUUUUCUUUGUGAUUUAAUAAUAAAAGAAUGCAGAGUUAACAUAAAAUAUUAUUUUAUUUAGACCCUCCCACAAAAUUCUCGUCCGGGAUAAUAUUGGGUCUAAAUAAUUCGGAAGACUUACAUCACAAUAAUUGGAUUAGUGGCUUGCACGUUUCACCGGCCGGUAACCAAAAAUAAAAAACGAACGAAGUUAGCAAGAAGACGCGGACUACGUGCAAACAAACGAAAAGAUGCCUGACGACGAUAAAAACGAUAGCAACAAGGUCGGUAAUCUGAUGAACGUGGUGGACUCCAUACCCAAGUUCACUGGCGACGAUAUGACUUAUUCGUCGGCGAGGUGGACACAAGACCUGGAGGAUAACGCAGAGAUAUUCGGGUGGACUCCGCAGCAAAAGUUAAUAAUUGCUCGCCGGUGCCUGGGCGGCACGGCUGAAUUGUGGCUGAGGACGGAAAAAGCUUUUAAAAAUUACGAGGAACUGAAAACAGCGCUCUUAAAAGAAUUUUCUGAGGCGGUUAACAGUAAGCAAAUGCACGAGAUGAUGAGCACCCGUAAGAAGCGGAGCAACGAGUCAUAUUAUCAAUACAUGCUUGUUAUGAAAGAAUUAGGAAAAAGGGCGAAAUUCCCAGACUAUGUGUCGAUACAAUAUAUCAUAGACGGUAUAAUAGACUACGAGUCCAACAAAUUAUUGUUUUAUGGAGUAACCUCAUACCCGGUGCUCAAAGAAAAGCUGGCUCUGUACGAGUCGUUUAAGAGAAAGACGUUAAAGAAGCCGUUACGCGAGAAGACUGAGAAAGAAGAGAGUGAUAAAAAACCAAAGGAAGGCGGACAAGUUAAGCAAUUCCUGCGCUGCUAUAAGUGUGGCGAAAAGGGGCAUACAUCAACAAGCUGCUUGAAAGGUGUAAAAUGCUUUAAGUGUAACGAGUACGGGCAUAUAGCAACGAAUUGCAAGACAGAAAAUCCCACUGAAAAAUCAUCAAACAAUGGCGGCGCAAGGAGCAUUCGAAAAUCCAUGUUCGUGACGUCACAAGAGGUUGGCAAUUCUGACCUAGUGAAUGAAGAGAGCGACGGUGAACCGGAAGCGUCAGCGAGGGUGAGUGAUCAAAUCACCAAGUCUAGUUCGUUCGGCCAUGUUCAUUUUCCGUCAUCCAGUAAUCAGUGUGACAUUGACAUUCGUGACAGGUGUCAACGUGGACGGGUACUAAAUAUAAACAAAGCAAAGCGUAUUCUAAAUAAAAGUGUAAAAAUCGUGAAAAUUGUCUCAGUGAUGAACGCCCUUCAGUACAGGAAAUUAUACAUAAUUAUACACCUAAGAAGAUUAGAGAUGCUCCCAUAAAGUUGAAAAUAGUUUUAAAAGAUGAUGUUCCUGUCACACAAUGGCCAAGAAGGUUAGCUUUAG